UGUGUGCCAGGUGUGGGACGGCUUACAGCUUCCUCAUGCAGCAACACCUAUUGUUAUAGAGAGCAAGGUGAGCAGACUCUCUCAACAGGUGCUCCACAGGUGUGGUGUCACGAUGCACAGGAGUAAGAGCACAGGCGGAAGUGCGGUGUUCUACAGACCAGUUGGAACUACAACAGAAGUGAGAUCUGGAUACCUGUUCAAGUCUCCUCCCCAAAAACGGUUGAAGGCAGAGAAAUCAUGGAAGAAGAGGUAUUUUGUGCUGUUCAAAAUCAGUGAGCAGGAACACCUCUUGAAGUACUUCAGGAGUCCAGCAGAAAAGGACAGGCCUCUUGGAGGGAUAGACUUAUCGCACAUCUCACUGUUGUACGUGAGCCCUCAAAACCAUCCAAGAUGGCCGUGGGUGCAGAAGAGCUUCAAGUGCUCACCAUCCUGUGUGCUGUACAUCAGGGCGGCCAACCGGGACUACUUCCUCGUCGGGGAAACCAGCGAGGAAGUGGACGGCUGGUUCUCUGACCUGUUUGAAGCCCUGAAAAACCGGCCGCAUAAAUGUAUGAGUUCAGAGGAUAUGACAAAUGGACAGCAGACAAUUGAGGUUAUUUCAAACCCACUAUUGCGGAGAAAGCAGAGCUCUGACGCUGUGUCUGACAAGGCAGCGUUGAAAAUUCGGUCCAUGUCCGACCCAUCCUCAAAUGCCAUGGAUAACGACACUGAAAACUCAAAGCAGGAUGACGGCUAUGCCAAAAGACGUGCAUCAGCGCCAGUGAAUCCAAUCUACGACUAUCCGAGAGCCUACAUGCAAUCACAAGGGGCAAAUGGUUCGACCCGUCGCAAAAGCUUGGACUCAGUAUAUGAAUCGAUGCUGGAAGUCAGACUUAACGCACAAGUGGCUCAGGCAGCGGACCGUGAAGUGGAGGAGGUUACCAAGGGCAGCCUGAUGAGAACUGUCACUCAGGCCUUUGACAAGCUGAAGACACAGAUUUCCCCACUGCCCCCUUUCGACGAGGAGACAGCAGCGGAGGACAGAGAAGAAACGCGUCUGACGUCAGACUUCAGCAGCAGCUCCAGUGACAAUGAAGCCACCUCUCCUGUGGAGAUGCUGGAGUCACAAAAUGUGCCCACACUGGAGAAACUAAGUUCAACUGAAAGCCUUGACAUCAUCAGCCCGGAGGAGAGAGAUUUUGAGGUCAAGCAGGCGGAUUUGAAAAAACACCUGACACUGACAGAAGUGGAUGGGAAACCAAGUGUGUCUGGGUGGACGGGCCAGCCCCAGUCAGUGUGCCUGUUUCACAGAGGAGACCAAAUCCUGGCGAUUAACGACCUGCACACCAGCAGCGUGGAGGAGUUCAACAUGUAUCUCAGCAAGUGUCUGAAGAACGAGGUGAAAGUGACCAUCCUGCGGCUGCCUGGAUGCCCUCCGCUGCACUCACCAAACUGUGUGUGCACUGACUGACCGCACACUGACCGUCAGAGAUGAGACGUCCACCAUAUGCUGGUUUUUACCAUGUAUAGACCACUUUAGACAACUGACAGUAUUUCCCCAGGGCUGUGGGCAGUUCCUACUGAUCUGUCACUCUGUAAGUUUACUCCAUUUAAAUGACUAGAGGAGCUUAAAGUGAAGGUAGAGGAAACAAUUAUUCAAUGACUUAGGUCACAAUGUAUGUGAUUAUUAACAUGUAAAAACACCAAAUGCAUUUUUGUUUCCAAGCAAUCUUUGUAUAAACAAUGAUUUGCAGUUUUAACAGAGCGUGAUAUAUGACGUGAUUACGUCACUGUGUAUUGUAUCUACUGUAGAUAAGACGUUUGUUCUCUGAAGCUGUCUCUAAAAGGAAACAAAAGGCAGAGAUUCUACUGAAACAUAUUUCCUCAUACCGCCUGUAUGAUGCUAAAAAGAAAGGACUCUAACCACCUGCAUGAGAUGGUGCAAUAUGCACACGGUUACUGUAAACAGACUUAUGUAGGAAUGCUAUUUUUAAAACUUCAAGAUGACAGGAAGCGACAGCAUUUAUCUAGGUGAUUUGAAGAAUGAUGAUGACCCUAUUUUCCUGUGACUAAUGUGAUCGACGGUUUUUGAAUUGCACCGUCAGUGUAGGUCCACUAAAAGCACUUGUUUUUGCCACUGACAGGCUCAGAUUAUCACUGUAAGGCUGCGUUCUGAAUCACAUACUUUUUACUCUCAGUACGUCCUGAAGUUGCCUUUAAAAAGUACUGUUGCAUGCAGUAUCCACACAAUAAUAAUCUUUAUGAUUAUAAUGUUCACUUAAACAAUCAAUAGUCCUCUUAUUACGGUUUGACUGGUCACCAGUCUAUCGAAUGCGCUGUCAUCCGUCCUUUGCAGCUGUCAACAAGCUGUCAAUCUCUGUUUGCAGCUCUGUCAAUGUGACGUUUGUUCUGUUAUGCAGAGGAUUGUGGGUCAGAAUAGCCAAGAAAGCACUGCAUACUGCAUUUAGUGUAGUGGUUAGAGCACUCGUCUUCAUGCGGAAGGUCCAGGAUUCUAAUCCUGCUGUGUUCAACGUCAGCAAAGGUAUGCAGUCGCAAGAGGUUCCCACUGCCGAAUCAAACGGGAUCAGAUUCCUUAAGGAGGCUUCAGGAUAAGUAGUAACUCAACGAGGGCGCGUCUCAAGCCCGUUGUGGACAGGAGGUUCCAGACGUGAAAGCAGAUACAUUCAUUUGACAUACUUAAUCUAAUCCUGGAGAUUAACCUUUUCCUUAAAGAGUAAGAUCCUCUUUGUUUAGCCUGAAACAGCCCCGAAAUCGCAUUCACCAAACCCACCAGACUCCAUUGAAAAAAACAGUAUUUUUAUCAGCGUAAAACACACAUCAUUAAAAGUCUACAAGACACAAAAUAAGACUCACAAUAGCAGUCUUGGUUUCUUUUUCCACUUUUCCAACAAUCACCAACUCUAGUUUGGUUGAAAUAAACUCUUAAUUCAUCCAGUUAGAUUUCAAAAAUAUGCUGUCUCUAUACACGCUAAAAUUACUGAUUAUUUAAAUGGAGUCUGGUGAGUUUGUGAUGGUGAUUUCAGGGCUGUUUCUGGUUACACAAAAGGAUCUUACCCUUCAACAAAAAGGUCCAUGUCAGAUACAGGGAAACUUACCCUUUAAAUCAUAUUUUGGGAAGAUGUUGCCACAGGUAUCUAAACCCCAAUUGUGUCGUGAUGACUGUAACUUGAGCAGGAACUGAGAUGCAUCACCAGUGUGAAUGUCAUCACUCAGCAAUGCUGAUUCAUUUCCAGUUUGCUCAGUACGUGGCACCUGUGAUGAAAUGUCUUUGUAAGCCAUGCCCAUCCUAUGACGCCUACUUGAGAACACAAAUAGAAGGGCACAUUGUAUGUUAAGGUGCUUUUGUUAGAUACAAAAAAGGCAUAUGCCAAAUUUUCCUUUCCUUAUUUAUUUUGGGAAUGUUUUGACAGUGAUUAGAAAUGUAUGAAUAACAAAAAGAUUUAAGAAGAGACCGGUAUUUCAGGGUGAGUCUUGUGAAUUAAUAUGCAGACAGAAUGGUGUUGCACCUCGGGCUGUGUUUCACCCAUUUCUUUCCAAUCUGAAGCAGAAACGUGACUCCGCCGGCCGAAGACAAUGUCCCGGAAUGUAGUUUUAAUAUUGGGAAGAUGGUUUUUAAUCCAUUUUUAAAUUACGUCUGGUGACCAAAGCCACUCCCAGACAAAGACAACAUCAAAUGGAAAUUAUCUCCGAGGCCCGCUCGCUUGAAGUGCUACAAACCAUUCUGAGUUUUAUAUUAAAAAACGCUAAAUUACGUCCACAGAGGGGAAGGACAAAGCUAAACUCUCCACAUUAAAAAAAACACUUUCUGACUCCAAUAUUCAGACGAGCUUUCCCACGACUUCUUAUCAGCCUCACUGAGAUUAAUGUUUCAAGUUUUAAUGGAGCUAUUAAACAGAUAUGAGCUGGUACGAUGAAAUUAUUCAGAACAUUUACUCCAUUAUUCAACUGUGAUGCCAAAAGCUGUGCUGUAUUAUAAAUACGCUCUGUUACAAAUAAAUGUAUUCUCUGCCAGGGUGCAGCACAUGCAGGUUGUACUGGGACAUUGAAUCUGUGUUAUAUUUGUAAAAUGAUCAUGAAUA